AUCAUUUCCCCCUUAAUUUCCUAGCCUCCCCACGGAGGCCCCUAAGCUCAAUAAAAUUGAAAAGUGAAAAAAUAAAUAAAAUUCUUGGGCAUUGAGGCGCAAUGGCCUUUGCAAAGACUGUUUCCAUUCUUAUUUUGUUCUUUGCAUUGGCCUGUAAUGCGGAUAAGUCUCUAAAACCUGAACCAGUUGCUGGUCCUGAUAUGUUCAAGAAUAAAAAUGUGGCUAAGGACGUCCUCCUUCCUGGGGAAAAAGUAUUUAACGUCCAGGAUUUUGGAGCCAAAGGUGAUGGCAAGUUUGACUGCACCCAGGCUUUCAUGGAUGGAUGGAGAAAGGUGUGCCAUGAAACCACAGGGCCAGCGAGGCUUUUGGUUCCUCCUGGCAGAUUCUUGGUUUCAUCAAUGUUUUUCAGCGGGCCAUGCACUGCUGCAAGCCCAGUAACAAUUCAAGUACAAGGGACUGUUCUGGCUACCGUUGAUCUUUCGGAGUACGAAAACGGCGAUUGGCUCAUUUUCCAGAAGCUCGAUGGCUUGAAAAUUAUUGGUGGGGGCAUUUUCGAUGGCCAGGGUAAAUCCUCGUGGGAAUACUCCGAGAAUUGCGAAUCAAGCGCUGAUAGUACGUGCGCCAGAAAUCCAAGCAGCCUUUUUUUCAGCGAUAGCAGCAACGUGGUUAUACAGGGUAUCAGAUCAGUGAACCCCAAAGGCUUUCACAUAUUCGUUACUAAAUGCACAAACGUGAGAUUGAGAAAACUUAAGCUGCUUGCACCCGCAACAAGCCCCAACACUGAUGGCAUUCAUGUCAGCCACUCUGAUACAGUGAUAAUAUCCAGAAAUACCAUUGCAACCGGGGAUGAUUGCAUCUCUAUGAUCCAAGGAGUUAAAAAUAUUUUCAUCAACAGACUCAGAUGUGGCCCUGGACACGGUAUUAGUAUCGGAAGCCUUGGGAAGUAUCCGAAUGAGGUAGAGGUGAAAGGCGUUCGCAUCCAGAACUGUUCAUUGACCGACACGACCAAUGGCCUUAGAAUCAAAUCAUGGCCAGAUAAAUAUCCUGGUGCAGCGUCUGAUAUAAGCUUCAGCAACAUUAUCAUGCAAAAUGUGAAAAACCCUAUCAUCAUUGAUCAAGAGUAUGAAUGUUAUCCAGACUGCAAGAAGAAGCCUUCACUUGUAAAGCUCCAGAAUAUUCAUUUUCAAAAUGUAAAGGGAACUACAACCACACCACUUGCAGUGGAUUUAAGGUGCAGCAAGCUUUACCCGUGCCAAGGUAUAACAGUUCGAGACAUUGACCUGAAAGUUGGACUCGCCCCAACCAUCUCACGCUGUGUCAAUACAAAACCUCUCUUUGGAGGCUUGCUAAUGCCCCCAGCAUGCAUAUAGGAUUAGGAGCCAUUCCAUGAUCACAUCCAAUUUCUUACCAACUCCGAUUAAGGUUUUAGAGCUAACAUGGGACUUUUUAUAUAUAGGAGUAUUAUGGGGAAAACAAUAUUUUUUAUUUUUUAUUUUUUGAUGAAUGUAUUCAUUCACAGUUAAUUAUUUAAAUAAAUCGAAAUGUGCUUCAAUGCCUAGUU